AUGGCACAGAGCGCACAGUCAUAGCAGAAAGCAGGAAGGAGACACGGCAUGAAGUUCUUCACUGCGCUGUGUGAGUUGUAUGAAUAAGUCUUCUGGCCAGUAGUUGACUCACACUUUUGACCUUCGCGCUGCAGUGGCCAAGCACAUUUGGUGAGGAGCAGAAGGAUAAACCAGCCAGUCAUCAUUAGUGCAGAAGGACUGACAACGCAGCUGAAAAACACCACCUAGCAUUGAACCAGUGAUAUUUCAGCCUUGAGUACUGGCUUAUACCGAUCCGAUAUCAGCAAGCAAACAUUUUGACUCGAUGUAUCACCGCCACCGCAAGUGUGUAACAGGAAUUGCAGCUGCUAAAUUUCCCACCAUCGUUAUGGGGUGAAGGUGCGCUGGUCUACCACAAGAUGGUCUCCUGCUCAACUCUAAAUCCAUCAUCUAUCAAUCAGUGUUCCUCUCAACUAUGUAUCAACGUUGUUCCAACGUCACCUCUGUCAACAUGUCAAGUUUCAUCGGUUUAUUCAAUAUCUCUUCAGUGUCAACCAUGUUAAUUAUUCGGAUGGAAAAUCACCAACAAUCAACCAUGUUUCAAUGUUUCCUUGCUAUCUGGGAAAUGAUUUGAAUGAGUCAUUAGUAGUUUUUGCUUUAGUUUACUUCUUUUGCACUAAAUUGCUAAAAAAAAAAAAAAAAUGCGUGUCAUGAAACGGAAUGAUUAUAUUAUUUCCUAGAUAUUGUUACAUUGUCUUAUAUUCAAGAUUUUGAAGAUUUAAGAUUCUUUAUUGUCAAAUUUCGAUCUAUACAGGACAUGGAGAGAAUCGCGAUACUGUUUCUCUCUCACUAUGUUUGGAGCUAAUAAAGGAAUAAAGUAAUUAAUAUGACAUUAAAAAGAAAGAAUAAUAAUAAAAGAAUGAAAUAAAAAUAAACGCUGAACAGACUUAUAUUGUAAAUGACGUUAAAUUGUAAAUCACAAAUAUGUUUGUUGAUACAAAUAUUUUUUUUAUGUUAAUCGAAAACCUUUGUUCUUGAAUCAUAAUCAACAAAUUAAAGGCAAAAAAAAUCACAAAAGCAUUCAAUAAAAUUGAAAAACAUCCAAGGAAAAAGUAUUGGCACUGUGUCAGCGAUACUGGCCCUGUAUUUACUUGGUAUCGGAUCGACACCAAAAUGUGGAGUAUCAGCCACCACUAGCACUUACCAGUUGUUGCAUCACUUGCGCCUCAGCUACCACAGCAUUAUGCGCUGUUGUGCAUUGGGAAAUUGGAAAACGAUGCCUUUGCUAAGUUCCAUUUCUGGUUGUAUGGUGGCCAUCGCUGCACCCUGGCAUCACAAAAAAGGCAAAAGAAAAAGCUAAACACUUGGUGGAGUCAUGUGAUCUGAUGGUUUUGUUUGACUUUUAAGACAUAUGGUAUUGAUUUUUAGUGUACUGUAGAACUGCAGCUUCACGAGACAGUUUUUUUCAGUACAAUGAGCCGGGAUACUUAAAAAAAAAAGAGUUCAAUGUAAAUUCUUGACAGGAUGGGGUCACAAGGUUUUUUUUUCGACUACAGCGAAAACCCCUCGGCACUGAGUGUUGUGACACCUCUUACAGGAAGUCGCACAAAAGCUACAGGAAAUCAAACGCAAGCGGCCUUAACAGAAAGAUGAUGAUGGGUUAAAAACGUCUUUCAAAGCGCUAUUUGUGGACCGCCGCCUCACACGUUAGAUGCAGACAGAUGCAGCAUGGAAACGCUUCUUUUUUUAUUUCCUCAAUUCAACUUCACGGCCCCGAAGGAGGAAGCGUAUUUCAAAAGGCUCAGGCCAGAAGAGACGCAAGCACCGACAAUGAAGGCUGAUAGCAGCAGACAACAAGUCAAGGAGAGGAAGAGCCAGCUGAGUCUCACCCGGUCUGGCUCUCAUGAAAAUGUCAGCCACCAUAAAAAGACUACAUCCAGCAACAUCUCAGCAGAGGCAGCUUUGCAAUGGAGCAGCUCCUUUGAAGAACUGAUGAAGAACUCAGACGGGGUUGAAACUUUCUCUCAGUUCCUCCGCACUGAGUUCAGCGAAGAAAACAUCGAGUUCUGGUUGGCAUGUGAAGAAUACAAGACCUAUGACUCUGAGAAGAAGCUGCUGUCCAAAGCCAAACAUAUUUAUGCUGUUUUUAUUGAGUCGGAUGCCCCUAAAGAGGUCAACAUAGACUACAACACCAAGAUGAGCAUCCAGAAGACCUUAGCACAGCCCACAAAGAGUUGUUUUGAAGCAGCCCAGAUGAAAGUCUACAGCCUGAUGAAAAAGGACUCCUACCCCAGAUUCCUGCACUCUGACCUUUAUUUACGCCUCACCAGGACAAAAGGGCCGGGAGUCGGCAUGUUUCGCAGAAGGUCACGCUCCUGUGUCUUCAACGAGCGAGGCGACGCCACAGUCGAACCUUCGUCCUGCUAGCAAUAACAUUUCAGACAUAGCCGCUCACUCGUAAAACUGAUUAUUACGUCGGUGAUAAUCAGCGGCGAGCAGUGGAAUUUUAAUUGCAAAAUUUGUGCUUGAGAUGGUAACGUCUGCAGAAUGAAUCAUUUUCUUUUACAACCAAAGUAGAUUAUCCAAACAAUAUUAGAGCCUGGCAACGAGCCAUUGAUCCACACAAAUAGUUUGAGGGUAUUUGGAGGAAUAUGCCAGUUUAAUUUGCUACUAUGCUUAUGUCUGCAUGUAUUCAUGUGAAGAUCCAGACUGCAUCUGUUUAGCAAAUCACUCAUGCAUGUAAUCCUUGCUAAAAUCAUCACUUGCUGGUGUUUCACCUCAUAAAUAAUAAGUGCGACGAUUUGUGAUAUUGUUUAAUCCGACUGAUGUGCACAAUCAAGACGUGAACCGCCAGUUUCUGGGUUUAAAAAAAGUGCUCUGAAGGACUAAUGAUGAGUGUAGCUGAGGUGUUUACGUAGAAACAGUGGCCAGCAUCAUAGCGUCUUCAUUCCUCUGCUCUUAAAUAUUAACGCGAGCCUAUUUGAUGAUCUAAAAUAAGAGCUGCAACAAAAUGUCUUCCAUGAUGUACAGUACAAAGAUGGCCACUCAGUAGAGCACAGACCUCCGCCAAGGGCAAACAGUCAUAAACACGUCCGUGUGACUUGCUUGACUGAAAAAUUCUGACGUAAUACUGUUGCAUUACAAUCCUGCAGGUGGCGCUAUUGCUGGCUUCAAUGCUAGUGGUCUGCAACGUGAAAAAGUGAAAAUAAAUUAUUGUAUCCGCGCUAUUCUUCAGAUCAUUGUAACUGGGUGUGUAUUUUUUGUUAUAAAGUCAAUGCUGUUAUAUGUUGGAUAUGUUGGUGUAAAACCGCACUGCCAUUCUAAUACCGUAGAUUAUUCAGCUACAGGUGAAGGGCGAAAUGCACCUCUCAAUAUGACGCAGUGCAGUUUUAACCACUAGGAAUAACAUAUUGUUUAACGGAUAUCUCAUUUAUCUCUCGUACAGACAGCUUUUUAUGUUAGGAUUUCAUAUGAAGUAUCGCAAGCCAGCAAGCGGUACCUCAUCCAACUGUUCAGAAGCAUUUGGCGCAGCGGCUCCCAGACUUUUCACAGCCCCGUACCUCUUCCGACCCUUGACCUGAAGCCACGGAGCCCCUAUUCCUGCACACUUCAAAACAUAAUAUCUGUGGUGUGGCGGUCGAAUGCUGGACCCCCUGUGUGUAGAGACAGAAAAAUCCUUUUAUUAAGCACAGUCAGGAGCAGGUACUCACGGUAGUGCGGGAUACAGGCAACAAAAAGCGACAGAGGGAAAGGCUCUGUGGAAAAAAAACACGUCUUGGGCCGUAGCAACAGGUAAGGAAAUCAUGAGGUGACAGCGCAGGCGAGCAGAAGCGUUAUGAACCCAACUAACUGCAAUUCCAAACAGCCGUGCACACAUCCACCGAGGCGACGCGGCUGCAUACUACACCCGGCCGGCACAAUAAAGCGUCUUGUUUGAUAUAUUUAAUUAUUAUAUUUGUUUCUGCCUGAUGGAUUGAUUGAGCAAGUGGUGGCAAGCUGUGAUGAACCGUAAUCGUUAUGCUCUUUUGCUGUGGUCUGCAACAACAUGGAAACAAAGAAUCAUCAUUUAAACAAUGCAACUAUUGUUACACAAAAACAUAUUCAUUAUAAAUCAUUAUGAAAACAAAAGGCCUUGUACCCCACCUCUCACCCUAAGACAGCCAAGAUCAGCUCCAGCAUACUCGUGCCCCUAGGUGAGGACACGCGCGAUAGAAAAUGGACGGCUGGACCUCAGCAUUAACAUUUGUGAGCAAGGACAAGGGUAAAAAAUAGAAUAGAAAAACACAGCGUCCGAGAAAGUCGUACACAUCUCAACCUGCGUCACAUGGCACAUGACUAUCGUGCGAUUUCGGAUCACAGCACCACGUAAGAAGACCGACUCAUUUACCACCCGAUAUAAAUGAAACCACAGCGCAACAUUAUCAUCACCAUAAUUUAUCGUAAUUUCAUUACGUUUAACAUUGUGAGUUAAACUGUAGCCUACCAGAAAAUUCAUUUAUUGCUGUCUUCAUCCUCCCCCUGGGAAGUAAAACCACUAAAGUCGUCCUCUUCAUCACAGUUGACAAGCCUCAUAAUUUCUCUGUCGCACACUUCGUCAGUUUCUCGCUCUUUCGUUGUCGCUCUUGGCGUUUUUCGUCUUGAGACAAAUUAGCCCUUUUAUCUUGAGUUGUCCUCUUCAUCACGCAGUAGUCCCGACUUUCUAAACCCGUUGGUAAUAGUGUCCACAUGUGACCACAGCGUAGUACCCGGCUCAUCCCUACCCGUUACUAAUUCAGUUACUUUUUUUCAAACAACUAACUAUUGACUUUUUAAGUACUUUGCCGGACACUGGUUGUGUGCUUCUUUGUAAAUAAAGGUCAUAGUCUUGCCGUUUGGAAAAUGCAUUGGCAAUAUCUAACCAUUCAAACAGCCAGCACUGUGGAAAAGUACAAGGCUGUCUGUUUUGGUCCCUAUUUUUAAAACCCAGCUGACAAUGGCGUACAUGAAGACACUACAUCCCUCCUCAAGUGCCUCCUUGUGAUGAAAUGUGUCCUGCCUGCCUGCUGUACAGCCGGCUGUUUCCCAUCUACUCUGCUGAACGCAUACAUUGCCGGUGAUCUGUCUUCCACUGGCUAUAGCACCUUAUGCAACUUUAAUACAUUUGAUAUGAGUUACAAGCUAAUUUGACCACAUUUGAAUGAAAUUGAGUCAUUAUUUUAUCCCUCCAGGUGUCCAACCGUCCCUAGGCUAACUUGAAGUGAAAAGUCUGCAUCCGUGGUGACAGGAGGGCACUGCAACUUUUUAAUGAGGGACAUAGAUCUCCUAUUUCUGCUAUGGUUUGACAUGCACACGAUCCCACUUUCAGUCACCGAAAAUGUAUCCUUUUUUUCCCGUUCUAAACACAAAUACGGCUCGCAAUUCAUUAUCAUCUUGAUGCGCAAUUACCAAUGUUUUGUCUUUCCGUGUGUGUACCAGACACUCUCAAUUAAGCACAGCAUUAAUGGGGCAUUUCUGCGAUCUGAACUGUUUCAAUGACCACAUUUAAAUAGGAUGCAUGGGAACGUUGCGAGUCGCGGCGCUCCCUGCUUCAAAUCACUAAAAAAUUAAUAGACCCUAUCAACUUGCAGCACGAAUUAUUUAUGUUACUGUAUAUGCAUGCACAAGCUAUGCUUCACACGCAGACAAAUACGUAAUAAUUCCAAACUGUCAGCGAGCCAAUUGAAUUCUCCCUCCAACCCUGUGAAUAUGCAUAGAGAGAAUAUAUGUUCGACUCAUGUGUGCAUGCAGAACACACACACACACGCACACACGCACACACACACAGAUGGUGUAGCUCAUUAACAGGAGAAGCUGAUGUUCCAAGGAUGCUACAGGCCCCAUCUCAACUUAAGUUACUACCAAUUUACAAAGACACGUGUGGAAUACAUCACAAUUCCUAUUAAUAAUGCAUAUCAGUCAUGCCUAUACUGCAGUUCGCAUGUGUUUUUUCUCAGAAAGUCAGAGAAGAAAGUGAGAAAAAAAUAAAUGAUGCGAUAACAAAGGUGGCAGCUCGGCUGGUGUGCCAAAUUCAUCACAUCUAAAGAUUAGUUGCCUGCUGGGAUUUUGCUGGCAAAUUUCUCUUUUCCUCCCAUCCUCUUCUUAGAUUGGUGAAUCAGUCUGCACUAGAACCCAGUGGAGACUCACCCGCGAGUUAAAGACUCUCCAAAUCCUACUACUUUGAGGGAUAACAACAUCAUGACGUCAUGUCAUAAAUGGUGAAUAUUCAUAUAUGAGGAGCUAAAGACUUUAAAUACAUGCAAUCUGCGAUCCAGCACGAGGCCUCUAUUAAACAUAAACAACAUAAUCCCUUAGUAACGCUCAGUUUUGAUUGACACUGCUAAUAUAUUUCCAAGAAAUGACAAAAAAUUAGGGGCUGUCAAAAAUACAGCGUCAGCUCAUUUAUUGGGGUGUCACAAGAUCAAAACGUGGGGAGAUUUUGCGUUCAGAAAAAAAACCUGUGCCACGAUAAUGAAAAAAUUAAUGAAUCAGAAAUAAAAAUGAACUGGGCAAUUAUGCUGGCCUCCGUAUGUUGCCACGUGCAUGCGUGUGUGUUUUUCUCAUUUCUCCGCCUCCAAACAGGCGGAAAGAGGGUUCACUCUGUCGAGACACCUGGACAUGGGGGGGGGGGCUGCUAGCAUGCACACAACAAAAGAGCGGACCCUCCAGAGGGCAAUGCAAGGUAACAAUGGGGGAAAAAAAUGACUGCAAAGCCAAAUGCCACAGCUCGCGUGUGGUAAUGAGCAAGGAGCCCAUCAACACGAGCAAGCCAGCAUGUGGAAUUUCUUUAAAAGUGGGUGGCAACGAACGAGUAAAAGGCAACAACAAAAACAACUUGCCCACCUCAAACAUAUCCACCCAACCUCGUUUUCCCAUCUGGGGAAAAAAAAUUACACACUGACAGUCAACACUCGCUUAGACGUGUGUUUGGCAAAGUAAAUACAAACGGAACAGUGCGUUCACAGAGAGUGUAGUUUAAUACAUUGUAAAGGAAAUGCUGCUCUUUAAUAGAGUUGAAAAGCCAGCAUUUCGAGAAAUGCUCCAAACGUUUGAUAGACAGUACAGAUUGCCUGUGAGAAAAUACACGUCACAAACGUCAAUUUCACAACUUUGCAGAGUGAAAGACGACAUACGAAACGAAAUAUUGCAGUGGUUUAGGGAUUCAUUUUAAUAACAAUUCGAUUUGUAUCACGAUUCAUGGUUGCCGAUUCAAGGACGAUAUUGGUUCAUUUAGAACAAUACGAUCCGGAAUGAUUCAGUAACUUUUUUGCCAAAAAUUCAACCAGUCUGACUGUGAAAUAAAUACCUGGAUACUGGAGAGUGCAGGUGAAGUUUCCUAGAUUGUCAUUGUUUUUUGUAAGGGAAUCAGGUGUAAAUUAAUUAUGGAUUUAAACAAACAAGUGAACAACAAUUAAUGGCAAAUGCAUUCACAUUUUAGUGCAACCAACUCUUCAGGUUGACUUAACAAUGAAUGAAUUAACAGGUUGAAUUAAAUCAAGUCUGUGAUUAAUUAUGUCAUAAAACAUGACGUGAACUUUAAUUUGAUACCUCAUUGACUUGUCUACCACAAGUAUUAAAUAUUAAAUAGUGCCUUUGGUUCCCGUUGCUUUAACAUUGAGUCAAGACAAAAGCUGUGAUCGACCCACGGUCCUGGGCAAGAAGUUUGAAAGGCUUAAAGUUGAGCUUAACUUUCGAAGCAUUCGUAUGACUCGAUGUGGUCCAACACUCAGUAUGAAUCCAGUGUAAAGCGUGGCGGUGACAUCACAGGCAGACUGAAUCGAGUGUAGCGUCCGAGGUGUAAGGCGUCUUGAGUCACUCUUUCCUGGACAAAAACUCACAAACUUAUGCUCUUUGGAGAGGACCUGUCCCCUCCGUCACCUUUACAUGACGUCAUUCAAUCGCCAAAACAUACUGUUACACGAGUAACAUCUAACGUCUUUAUUAUUAAAAGUGCUAAAAAAACACAAAUCCAUCCUGCCGUUGCUUAAAUCCAAUGCUUUAUUUCCUAGUAUCGAUGCAAUCGAUUGAUUACCUUUGAAACAAUGUCAGAUCAAUAGUCUGGAAUGGAAACUCGCUGGACACAGAUCGAUGUAGUUAGAUCAUAGGAAUAUAAAUUGAUCGAUUAUUAUAAUAUUAUUGGUUUAUUUGGUCUAAAAAAAAUCGCAACAAUAAUAUCGUUUAGCGUCAAUUUGUGAUACAAUUUCUAAACGCACCUGCAUUGUUUUGCGACUCGGUUAAAUAAAGACGUUUGUCGAGUGAUAUUUUUUCAUUGUACCUUUCUUAAAAUUAAUGUUAAAAUAAGGUCUCGUCUCGUAGACCGAAUCUCGUGUAUAGAGACUUGGGUGUCUCGUGACACUAACUAUUAAUUACGUUCAAUUUUUCAGCGUAAUUAACGCAUGCGUCCCCACAGAUUCACACUAAAUAGUCACACUGAUAGUCUAAAGUUGUUUUGUUCUAAAGUUCUUCUGAUGGGGAUACGUCAACAACAGUGCGAUUCCAACACCAUAAAUGUAUCUCCAACUCGCAAACACGUUUUUCUGUUCGCCCUGGGAACAACUCUUCCUUAUUCUCGAGGUGCAUUCACUGACACUCUGAACUCCGAAAAUCACAAUACCAUCUUUAUUAAGUGUGUAUGUGUGGUGUAAAUAAAUAGAAAAACAAAGAUGUUUUGCUACUAUUAAAGAGACUUUUGCUAAACACAUUUUCAGACGUGUGCUUUCUUUUAGUCUGAUUUAUAUCGUCAGCUCAUUUAGGGUUGUUAAUAAAUACAAAUAUAUAUAAUCGUGUCUUAUUUGUUUCUUUUAAUAAAAUACUGUAAACAUUUUCAUAUUUCAGACAUAGUUGCAAAUAGUGAUUAAUCAUGAUUAACUGAUUGGAAAACUAUGAUUAAUCUGAUUACAAAAUGUCAUCAUUUGACAGGCAGAUUCCCGCUUUUCGUGGGGGUUACGGUCCGCGCCCACCAGCGAAUGGCGAAUAUGGCGAGUCAUUGAUACGCCCAUAAAAACGUGCAUUUCUGACGCACGGUUGGCUCCCUCCUCCGCCAAACCCUCCCGCUAGCUUGACGUUGACAUUCUCCUCUGAUUUCGGGUCGACAUUUGCCAAGUGACUUGCAAUUAUUAGGUCCGAUUCAGCACCAGAAGCCUCCCCUUCUCUCUUCAAUAUUACACAAACGUGUAAAAAUUGUGGCGCAUGUGUCCUUUACGUUUCACCGUGUCACCUGUGUUAUCACGUAUGUUUAAAUUGCGACCAGCUCCGCGUAAAUGAGAUGUGUUUUCUGCAGAAACGUUUUUUGUUGGAGUUUUUUGACCAAAAAUCCAUAAUUUUUUGGCACCGUGAAUGCUGGCUUCCAAAGUGCGGGGAUCCACUGUAUAUAUUUUGGUUGUGGUUUGUGUUUGUGUAAAAUUACACUGCAUCGCAUGGAGGGCUCUGUAUAAUAUUUUGGUUAUGUAUAAUAAUUUGGUUAUUUAGCUACAUGAGAUGGGUAACACACAUCGUGUUAUUAGAGUAUUACGCACGCUUAUCUUUGCAACAAAGAGUAGGCGUGAUUAAUUAGUGAAACACAAAUCAUUAACCUACAGAAUCAAAGUGGAAAAUGUGAUCACAGGCCGAUUAACUUCUGUAAACGUCCUCAAGAAAACGCUUCAUGCGUGUCAGUAGUGUGUACGGCCUCCACCUGCCUGCAUGCACUCCCUCCCACAUCUGGACAUGCGCUGAAUGAGUCCAUGGUCUACUGGGGGAUAUUCUCACAGAUGUGGUAAGAGCAUCAGUAGGUGAUGUAUCAGCAUCAAGCAUGACGUCCCAGAGAUGCUCACCUGCUGCUUGUCCUGUGCCUCCUUGCACAAAGAAGCAGCUAGCGGUCCUGCUGCUGGGUUCUUGCCCGCGUAUGGCCCGUCCGCUUCUCCAUGGCCUGUCUGCUCUUGACAAUAUAUGGUGUAGGGUAGAGCUGCAUUACCUGCAGAUGAAGAGAGGAAAAUAGUCUGUGGCCACCACCUGCAAACCCAUUCCUUAACAGGGGCUGUCUUGCGUACUGUUUUCAAACUGUUGACUUGCAAGGACGUUAAUGCUUUCUUACUGGUCAGGCUGGCAUCCUGGAAGUGUGGUUGACUUGGACUUCCACUGUAGUGCCUUUGUUUUUUGGUGCAGUGUAGAUUACUCUUCUACUUGCUGAUCUGAUUAGCCCAUAAUGGACACGUCAGACAGAAGAUUUGUCCACUCAUAAGUGGCUCCCUUCCUCCAGACUCUUAAGAAAGUCAUUGUCUUUCCAUUUUACGCUCAGUCUUAGGUGAAGUGUUUCAGUUCAGUCUCUUUUGUACUCGGGCCCUUCAGCAAGUUCAUAUUUAAAAAAAAAAAAAAAACACUUGCUCACUAUCUCAAAGCUGUCAGCUGCUACGUGAUCCAAAUGCCGUAGUGCUUUUUGCUGACUCACAGCCUGUGACAUUGAAGUGAGAAAAUGAAGCCAUAGAAAUGCAUUUGUGCUGCCAUGUUAGUCUCAAACCAAGACCUAGUUCAGCAGGGGUGUACAAACUUUUUCCACUGAGGGCUCUAGACUGAAAAUUGAAACGAUGCAAGGGCCACUUUGACAUUGUAAACCAACCCAUGUAGAUAUGCUAGGAAGUUAUAUACGCAUAUAUGCUGCAUUUCAAGAAAAAUGAGCUUGCAUAUCAGCUCUGUGAUAGGUGAUAAAGUGCAUUAUUAGUAUGAGCGUUGGUCUUUUUUCCAUUUUGGCUGUUUUUCUCACUAUUUCAACUUUCAUCUAGUGUUUUUUUUUCUUUUAAUUAUGACUUUAUUCCCAUAAUAUUUGUACUUUAUUCCCCCCAACCUAAUUUUCCCCAAAUUACAACCUUGUUUUUUGUUCCUCAUAAUAUUACCAUCCAUCCAUGCAUCUCCUUCCGCUUAUCCGAGGUCGGGUCGCAGGAGCCCUAAGCAGGGAAGCCCUCUCUCUCUCCCCCGGCCAGUUGAGACACACAGUCUCACCAAUGUGUCCUGGGUCUUCCCCGAGGGCUCCUACCGGUCGGAUGUGCCCAGAACACGUCCGGGAGGCAUCCUGACCAGAUUCCCGAGCCACCUCAUCUGGCUCCUCUCAAUGCGGAGGAGCAGCGGUUCUACUCCGACUUUCUCUGGUCAGCUGCUUCUUGCUUUGCUGCUGGCAUGAGCAGCUGGGGUUUUCUUUUCCAUUAGCUUCUAUAGCAUCGUGUUUGUCCUGGUGUGACCGGCUGUCCUCCAUCCAUCAAUUUUCUGUGCCGCCACGCCUAUCCCAGCUGACUUUUGGGUGCGUUUUAGGAAAUGUAAAUUUGCUCCAUCCAUCCAGUUUCUAUACCGCCUGUCCUCACUAGGGUCGUGGGUAUGCUGGAGCCUAUCCCAGCUGUCUUUGGGCGAGAGGCGGGGUACACCCUGGACUGGUCGUCCACCAAUGGCAGGGCACAUAUAGACAAACAACCAUUCACACUCAUAUGGACAAUUUAGAGUCACCAAUUAACCUAACAUGCAUGUUUUUGGAAUGUGGGAGGAAACCGGAGUACCUGGAGAAAACCCACACACGCACGGGGAGAACAUGCAAACCCCACACAGAAAUGCCCAAGGGAGAAUCGAACCCAGGUCUUCCCAAUCUCCAGACUGUUACCGUGUUGGCCAACAUGCUAACCACUAGACCACCGUGCGGCCCGAGAGCAAUUUUAAUGCCAUAAAAACGAAGCACUCACACACGACGCACGCAACACACGCACACACUCAUAGCUCUAUUUAUUUAUUCAUUCAUUCAUUGGUAUUCAUGUCUCUUCUGUUCUUGUUGCUUAAUUUAUUGUGAAUGUUUCUUAUGUUCUUAUUCAUUUUCUUGUGUUUUCUUUCUUUUCUGGGAGAAUGAACAGAACAAGAAUUUCAUUGCAUAGCGGAUCUACCUGUUUUACUGUGCAUAUGACAAUAAAACUCUUGAAUCUUGAAUAAAAAUGGCCACCAGGUGGCAGAAGUGUAUAUGAAAGGAGAAAAAAAAAGGAGAAACACGACAGGAAGAGGAAGCUCUUGCAUAAAGGCAGGUAGCUGUUGCAUUGCGUACCACACGAAAAAAAUGACGCAUAGUAGGGAAAUUUUAACGCAUGCACACGCACGCACGUGCACACACAUAGUUCAGUUCCAACUCACACAGUUCUGUUCCAAAUGUGAAAAUGGGAAAUAGAUCACGGUGUUAUAUUUGUAAAUAAACUGUUGUUUUGAUGUAAAAAAAAAAAAAAAAAAAAUGUUUAUGUUGUGGUAUGGUUGUUUAGAUAUUUGAGCUGUCACAAAAGCAAAAAAAUAUUUCUGUCAAAGUGAAAGUUAUGCUUGAAAUGUAUCUUAUCACAAACAGCUGUUUUUCUCCCUUUUCUAGUCAGCAACUGAUAUUUUCCUGAAACGUACCUAUGUUCUACUCCUGCUUACUAAAGAACGGAAAAAGGCAGAAACAAACUUUUUGUUCUGAUAAAGGAGUGUGUGCUAGCAUGAAUUAACUUGAGACAAAUGUGCACAUUAGCACUCAAUAAGUCAUCCAAACUUACCUUUAUGCAUUCCCACAUAGUAUCAGCGUUUGCCACCAAAUAUGAGGUGAAAGAAAAAUGGUAAAAAUACAGUAGUAGUCUAUCUGUGCGGCAUGAGAGAAAGUUAGCACACGCACAAUGGACAUGUGUCAAGUGAGACGGAUGUAACACAGAGAAUCCGGCCACUUUUCAAAAUAAAACAUCAUGGAAAUUAUUUUUUCUUUCUGUGUGGCCCGGUAGCAAAUGACCUACGGCCCGGUUGUUGGGGAUCGCUGAUCUACAACACAAAGCUAAGAUGUCGAUGUUUUGUUCACAGAGCUUAGCAUAUAGAGUAUUGACCUACGUUGGAUUGGAUUUAGCAUCUUUAUGCAAAAAACGCAUCAAAGUGGCCCCUGCAUUCUUCAAUUUUUCUGUGUGCGGCCCUCGGCGGAAAAUGUUUGGCUACCCCUGGCCUAGGACAAGUACUAAUUUACUCAGGUACUCAGGUACUCAGAUAUUCAUACCUCAAAUUAAGUUAGGACAUCCAAAUGAAUGUACCUCAAGGCUAAGUAUUGGAAUCCAAGGUUACUGGUUGUGUCUUUCCACAGGGCAAAAUCUUUGAAGGUGCCACCCCAGUGCACAGCCAUUACCCCCCAACUGUCAACUGUCUUCAUUUAUGUGGGGGGGGGGGAAAUGAAGCUCAGGUCUCAAUGUCAUGAAUGAACAUAUGCCAGGAUAUUGCAUCAAAUGCACGCUGCGGGCUAAACGACAAUUUAGGGCAGGCAAAAGCCUUCAUCAAUUACACCGGACCUGUAGAGGAAAACAAGACCAUUACUUUUAACGAGUGUACUCAACUCCAUGCCACAAGCGAUCACCUCUACACCUGCUUUGAUUUCUAAUAUGCGCCUUUUCUUAAAUUAGGCUCAUUCAGCGGUGUUCUUCAAGGCCCACAUGGCUUUGUGUGUUUCUGCAGCGACCGGAUUCACUCCAGACUUCCUGCUUUCAUGGGGUAAUCAUUUCAGAGGAAAAAGACAUCAGAAUGAA